AUGAAGUCUACUACAAGAAUUGGUGCUGCAGCUGCCCUGCUCGCGGUUGGUGUGUCCGCGCAGAGCUUCCGCCGUCUCGGAGCUUGCCCAACACUUGGUUGCGUUUUCCCCCCAGACCAGGCCGACUUCCUAGCUGGCCAGUACUUUGACAUCCGUCUCGAAGUUCACCAGCCUACAAACGGAUCUGAAGCCAUUGGCCUGCCUCUGGAUGAGAAGUUCACUUUCUCGAUUACGAAGAACGGCAGGACUGCACCGGUCACCGAUUAUUUCAAGAUCCAAGAGCCUAAGCUCGAGAAGUGGAACUUCACAUGGUAUGAGGAUCUCUUCGCCCGCGACGCAAAGAAUGCCAGCUUUGUCAAUGUUGCCGCCAAAGCCUAUCGUCGUGUUGCUCUCUACGAGCCCGGCGAGUACACUGCCACCCUCAACUACAAUAACGGCAGCAAAACCGAGGCGUCCUGGCUUGUUCGUGACUUGGCUGAGGAGCGCAAGACCAAGAACAUUAUUCUGUUUAUUGGAGAUGGUAUGACCACCAACAUGAUCACGGCCGCACGCUUGAUCGGUCACAAGAGCAUCAACGGAAAGUACCAGACCACCAUGGCAAUGGACAAGUUUCCCGUGCUUGGUCAUCAGAUGACCCACUCCAUUGACAGCUUUAUCACCGACUCUGCCAACUCUGCUGCUGCUCUUAACACUGGCCACAAGAGCACGGUCAACUGCCUGAACGUCUAUGCCGACUCGAGCAAGAAUGCGUUCGACGACCCCAAGGUAGAAACCAUUGCUGAAAUGUUCCACCGUCUCACUGGUGGACAUAUUGGAAUCGUUACCACUGCCUACAUUGCUGAUGCUACUCCGGCGGCGCUGGUUUCCCACACCCGCAACCGUGGCGAAUACGGCGCUAUUGUCGAUACCUACCUUAACGGUGUCCAGAAUUACACCUGGACCAACGUCCCCAUCGACGUUCUCUUCGGCGGUGGUGCCGAGCAGUUCUACCCUCCUUCGCUGGGUGGCGUCACUUACCAGGGCAAGGACUACUAUGAGGAGUUUGCCAAAAAAGAUUACCAGAUCAUUCACAACCGCACUGCCCUGCUUUCUGCCAGCAAUGAACAGAAGGCUCUGGGUAUCUUCACUACCUCCAACAUGGCCAAGUGGCUCGACCGCAACGUCUAUCGCCAAAACCUGAACCAGUCGCUCUCUCCCACUGGUGACAAGACGGCCGCUCUCGACCAACCCGGUCUCAAGGAAAUGGCUCUCAAGGCUAUCGAUAUCCUUGAGGCCCGCUCUGGCGAUAAGGGCUAUGCUCUAAUGAUAGAAGCAGCCAGUAUUGAUAAAAUGAUGCACGUCCUCGAUUAUGACCGCGCCCUCGGCGAACUCCUCGAGCUUGACGACACUGUCAAAGCCACAAUCGCCAAGCUCAACUCCACCGACAGCCUCAAGGAAACCCUCGUCCUCGUAACUGCCGACCACGGCCACGGCUUCGACGUUAUGGGCUCUGUCGACACACACUACCUCGCCGCGCAGAACGCAGACCGCAAGCGCCGCGACGCCGUCGGCGUGUAUGAGCGCUCGGGCCUGUCGCAGUACGCCAGCACGGGCAACCUAACGUACACGGACAGCAACUUCCCGUCGACAUGGGACCCGCGAUACACGCUCUUCCAGGGCCUGAUGGCCGACCCGGACCGCCGCGAGAACUGGUCUGUCCGCAAGUCUGGCCCGCGCGUCCCGGCCUCGGAGCAGGUCAAGGGCGACGACGAUUUCUACGCCAAUCCCAAGGAGCCCGUGGGCAUCACGCUUAACGGUACGCUGCCGAUUGAAAACGAUCAGGGUGUGCACUCGCUCACCGAUGUUCCUGUUUUUGCUAUGGGGCCGUGCCAGGAGCUGUUUGGCGGCGUGUACAACAGCAUUGAUAUAUUCUACAACAUGGCCGAGUGCUUUGGUCUGGGGAGGGGCAGCCCGAGUGCGAAUAGCACUAAGUAUUAG